AUGACCACCAACAUCAGGCACAAGGGCCGGACGAUCAAAUCGGAGGACGGUGAGGAGAAGGAAUAUGUGGGAUUUGCAACUCUCCCAAACCAGGUUCACAGGAAGUCUGUGAAGAAGGGUUUUGACUUCACCCUGAUGGUGGCAGGAGAAUCAGGUCUAGGGAAAUCCACUCUGCUGAACAGCCUGUUCCUCACUGAUCUCUAUAAGGACAGGAAGCUGCUGAAUGCUGAAGAGCGGAUUAACCAGACUGUGGAAAUAACCAAACACACGGUGGACAUUGAAGAGAAAGGUGUGAAGCUGAAACUCACCAUCGUGGACACUCCAGGCUUCGGUGAUGCCGUUAACAACACAGAAUGCUGGAAGCCCCUCACAGACUACAUUGACCAGCAGUUUGAGCAGUACUUCCGGGACGAGAGCGGCCUCAACAGGAAGAACAUCCAGGACAACCGUGUCCACUGCUGCCUCUACUUCAUCCCCCCGUUUGGACAUGGUCUCCGGCCAAUGGACGUGCAGUUUAUGAAGGCACUUCAGGACAAGGUUAACGUGGUUCCUCUCAUCUCCAAAGCCGACUGUCUGACACCAACUGAGAUGAGGAGGAUGAAGGACAGGGUGAGAGACGAGAUUGAAAGAUUUGGGAUCAAAGUUUAUCAGUUCCCUGAAUGUGAUUCUGAUGAGGACGAAGAAUUCAAACAGCAAGACAAAGAGCUCAAGGAGAGCACGCCGUUUGCUGUGAUUGGGAGCAGUACCGUGGUGGAGGCCAGAGGCCAGCGACUGAGAGGGAGACUCUACCCAUGGGGCAUUGUUGAAGUGGAGAAUCAGUCUCACUGUGAUUUUGUGAAGCUACGGAACAUGCUCAUCCGUACACACAUGCACGACCUGAAGGACAUUACCUGUGAUGUUCACUACGAAAACUACAGGGCCCAGUGCAUUCAGCAGAUGACAAGCAAACUGACGCAGGACAAUCGCGUGGAGAGUCCUAUCCCCAUCCUCCCGCUGUCCACGCCCGACGUGGAGACUGAGAAACUGAUUAAAAUGAAGGAUGAGGAGCUGAGGCGGAUGCAGGAGAUGCUUCAGAAGAUGCAGCAGCAGAUGCACGAACAGGAACUGUGA